AUGAAUAGCAAAAAGCGGUACAGUGUCCAGGAUGCACUAGAAAUCAUUCAAGGAGAUGACAGUGAGUUUGAGGAAUGUGAAGAUAGCUCAGAUGAAGACCCUGACUAUACUCCCAGCAGCAAAGACAUUGAAAAUGAUGAGUCUAGUGAGUCCUGUGAUUCAGACGAUAGUGAAUUAAAUGAGGAACCACAACCCAAGAUGAAUCCUGGGCAGCAAAGUACUGGUGUUAAAGGAAGAACACAGUUUUCUUGGAGAAGGAAACAAUUUGAAGCCCCUGAAUGUACCUUCAAAGGUCAAAGUGUCACACCUCCAGAUACUCCUCACACCCCUCUGGAGUAUUUCAGGAAGUUCAUCACAUCAGAUAUGCUUGAGUUACUGAAGGAACAAACAAAUCUGUACAGUGUACAAAAAUCUGAAAAUCACAGUAAUGUAAACACCACUGUCAAGGAACUGGAAAAACUGAUUGGCCUCUACCUACGCAUGGGUCUUUGUCAGCUGGCAGGGAAUCGUUCCUAUUGGGAAAAUGACACAAGAUGUCCCAUGGUGGCAGACAACAUGUCACGCAAUCGCUUUCAGACACUGCUUACAUCCCUACAUUUCACUGACAACACUGAUAUGUCAAACAGGCAAGCGGAAGAUAAGUGCUGGAAGAUCCGCCCCUGGCUCAAGAUGUUUCGCAAACAAUGUCUGGAAGUCACCCCAGAAGAGCACAACUCUGUUGAUGAGCAAAUGGUGUCCUUUAGGGGUACUCACAGCCCAAUAAGACAGUAUGUGAAAGGCAAGCCCCACCCUUGGGGAUUAAAAAUUUGGGCGCGCUGCUCUUCAUCUGGAAUUCUCUGUGAUUUUCUGGUCUAUGAAGGUGGAACUGGAAAGAAAACCUUACUUGGCAUGGGAGGUGAUGUUGUGGUCAAGUUGUGUGAAACUCUUCCAUCAAACCAAAACUACAAAGUGUUUGCAGACAACUUUUUCACUUCAGCACCACUGGUUCUUGAGCUUCUUCAGCGGCAGAUCUACUUUGUAGGAACAAUCAGAAGCAAUCGCUUGGCUGGGUGUCAGCUUGAGGAUGAGAAAAGUCUUGCCAAGAGAGGCAGAGGGACUGUUGAUCUCAGAGUGGAAAAAAAGGAAAGCAUUGCCAUUGUCAAGUGGUAUGACAACAAAUCUGUUACCCUGAUCUCCUCUUACUGUGCCAUAGAACCUCAGGACAAAGCUCAACGCUGGAGCAAAUCAGACAAAGCAUUUGUGAAAGUCAACAGGCCACAAAUUGUGAAAGAGUACAACACAUACAUGGGAGGGGUAGACCUCCUAGAUGCAUGUGUUGGUAGACACAAGUACCACAUGAGGUCACGGAGGUGGUACCUGUACCUGUUUUGGCAGACCAUAAUGCUGGCCAUAGUAAAUGCAUGGCUGCUCUACCGUCGUGACUGUAAACUACUUGGAGUCAACAAGCCAAUGAAACAAAGGAGCUUCCAGGCAGAGGUGGCAUCAAGCUUAAUUCUCUUGGGCUCACAAAGGGGUCGACCACCAUUUAAAGCCACAUCUGCACCUCCACCACCAAAGAGAGUUCGAGUUGGAAUUCCUGAAGAUGUUCGCUUGGACCAGGUUUCACACUGGCCUGUGAAAUGUGACAAGCGUGGCCGCUGCAAAUUAUGCAAGAUAAAUGCAACCACGACUCUCUGUGAGAAAUGUGAUGUACGUCUUUGCUUCACGGAGGAAAGAAAUUGUUUCAAGUGUUACCAUUCAGCCUAG